UAAUUGGUACAUUGGACAAGGAAUGCCCGCACUGUCAAGCCCUUAAAUUUAAAAAUGAGCCAAUUAAGAUGUGUUGCUCAUCAGGAAAAGUGAAACUUCCAGAAAUUGAAACACCGCCGGAACCAUUGCACGGCCUCCUUAUUGGUACUGAUCCAAAUUCUUCGCUGUUCUUGCGUUCAAUUCGGCAAUUCAAUUCACCAUUUGCAACGCGCAUUGUCAGCGAGCUGGACGCUCUGUUAAAUGAGCACAACGAAUUGUUGAAAUUAUUCAAAUCACAUAUGUAUAAGCUACAAAGUGACAAUCACGCUAUUUUCAUCAAUCCUGAUAGAACACCAGCUGGAGGGCAUAUACGUCGAUUCAACGCACCUGUUGUUGACGACGUGGUUGGAAUCAUGGUUGGCGACCAUACAGCUACGCGACAAAUCGUGAUUCGAAGAAGAAAUAAUUCUCUUCAGUCCAUUCCUGAUACCCAUCGUUUAUAUGAUGCUCUCCAAUAUCCACUCAUUUUUUGGAAGGGACAAGACGGAUAUUGCAUAAACCUUAAGCAACGAGAUCCGGUAACAGCAAUAAAAUUACCAACCGCAAUUUUAAUUUUUCAAAAGCGGGCACAGCGAAGCGUGGCAGGGCAUGUGAACAUGCGCGUUCAAACGCUUCAGGAUCCCUCCGCCGAAACUUUUUCGAAACAGCUAUUAGAUAUUGGCAAUGGGAAAGUUGCCGUACAUGAAAAUACUGGAUCAAUAAAAUUACCAACCGGUUUUUGCACAAUCGUCCACUCGCAAGAUGUUCUCAUCGACUGUAUAUUUCCCGAUGUACACACACAAUAUAUAAUCUUGAGUGGCUGGCAGAAAGAGCCAUUUUAG